UGAAGUCAACCCCCGCAAGUGACUAUUUCGCUUGAACUUCGAUCAUGUUUUGCAGCUGGAAUCAACCAGCGCCGAUACAUUUUAUGAAAGGGAGGUCUGUUUCUGCUUGGAUUAUGUUGAUCUAGGAUAAAAACGUGUACCACGACAUAUCUUUACACUGUGGUGGUAUUUUGUUUUAUAUAUAUUUAUCUUGAUAUUAGUUUUUAUGUAAGCUUUACAUGACCACUUUCACAACAGACAUGAAUGUCGAUGCUACCAUGGAUUCUCUUAUGUAUCCAAAAUUGGUGAACAAACCAUCGAUUGCAAAAAUUGAACAAGAUUUUCUGGACUGCCUAGAGAAAUUAAAACAAGAGUUUACAGAAACUGGAUGCCCUGUAACAGAUGAUUGUCAAAAUCUCCAGAAAACCUGUGCCAAAUUGGAGUAUUUGUUGUCUUAUGAAAUGAAAGAACAUACCAGUCUGUUAGGCCGGAAGAAAAAUUACUGGGAUUACUUCUGUGAGUGCCUUGCUCCCAGUAAAGGACUCAGAGAUGGCUUGAAAUAUGUCAAAUCUCUUAAGGAGUAUCGCACAGCCUUAGGUAAAGGAAGAGCAUUGAUUCGGUUUGCCCUUGUCCAUAAACGACUUGCAGAUACAAUCCAACAGUGUGUUUCAAAUGGCCGUAUCACAAGUGAAUGGUUUUAUCCAUCAUCUCCUUGGUUACAACACAAACACAGUUCGGCAAUUAUAAAUGCACUGUAUGACAUCAAUGAUGUAAACUUCGAUUUAAUUCCUACAGGUUAUGAUUUAGACAACUCAUGGCCUUCAUUUGCCAGAAAGACAAAUGGCAGCUAUUCCUGGAAUCCGCCCAGUAGAACAUCCAGUAUGAGCAGUCUCCUCAGUAUUCCAAGCAUACAACAGGAUAGCCCAUCUUCCAAAAUAGAUGUUGCUUCCUCCUUUACUGAAUCCAUUGAUGAACAGUACAUGUCCCCUCGAGAAACAAAUUCUAAUGUCUCCUGUUCAGAACUGUACUCUAAAAUUGAAGAAUUAGAAGAGGAAAAGUUCACUACAAGUCAGGAGGUGGCUCUUUGGGUUAAGAGACUUAAUGAGAUGAAAGAAAAAUACAGAACACUGAAACAAGAGUAUGAUAGUCUGAGUAUGGAAUUCAGCAGUUCACAGCAAGCCUGGCAAGAUGAAAAAGACAGAUUAGAUUUAGAACGCAGAAAUCUUACGGAAGGUCUCAAGUCUCUCCAGGACAAAUUAACUGAGAUAGAACAUGAACACGAACAGAUUGUUAAUACUAACAAAUCCAGAAUAGAAGUCCUGGAGAAGGAGAAAGCUAUUCUGGAACAUCAAAUAAAUAGUCUCAAGUCAACAGAGGUUGAAUUUGCUGAAUCAACGGCAGUUCAAGAAGAACAGUUUCAGUCUUUGUCGUCAUCGCAAGAAAAUGAAAAUGAUGAUAAUGAUAUUAAUGAAGAUGAUGAUGAUGUUCAUGAUAAUGUUGUUGUUGAUGAUGAUGAUGAUGAUGAUGAUGUCGUUGAUAAUGAAGACAGUGUAGAAUAUCUGAAGCAUGAAUAUGAAAAGAUCUUAUGGGAAAAUCGACGUCUGCAGCGGAAAUGUGAAGAUUUUGAAGAGGUGCAACGAGAACUGCACAGGCAGAAUGAAGAGCUUGUGAUGCUACAACAGUCGGUUGAAGAGAAGGCUGAGCUGUUAAACAAAUACCAGCAACAAUCUCAGCAACUAAAAUCUACCUUGAAUAAUCUUUUAGAUUUUGAUUCUAUUGUUGAUCAGGAUUAUAUUUCUAACUUUGAAUCCCUAGAUGACGACUUGAAUGAUACUGUAGAAAAACUGUUUGAGUUUGUGAAAGAGGCUAAAAAUCUAAAUUCUGAAGGAAGAUUUCAUCAACAAGAACCUAAUAAGGAAAUUCUAGCACAAAUAUCAUUGUUAAAGUCAGAAUUGGAAGGUUCUAGAUCACAAAAUGCAGAAUUGCAAAAACAAGAAUCUGAUUUCAGUGAGAAAAUGGAAAAAAUGUCAUCUGAGAAUUCUUAUUUGAAAGAAUGUAUUCAAAAGUUAGAAUGUGAUUUAGAAAUAAAAGAUAAAGAAUAUAAUACAUUAGAAGAAAGGAAUAAAGCUUCCAAUGAUGAGAUUAGCAAUUUUGGCUGUGAAAGAGAAAAUAUGAUUCUUCAAAAUGAAGAGCUGAGUGAAAAACUGCAUUCUUUGGAAAAUAAUCACAAGGAAUUGAUGGCUAAACACUUUGCUCUUCAAUCUGAACUCGAUGAAUAUAAGGAACAGUAUGAGAUGCAAAUAUCUGUAAUAAAUGCCAAGCAUAAAGAAACAGAACAACAACUGCUGAGUUCUAAAGAAAAAUUCCAAACCAAGCUAAAUGAAGUUUUAGAGGAAAACCAAAACCUUACAAAAGAAAUGGAAAAUGUGAAGAAACAAGCAGCUGAUUUACAUGUGAAAGUAGUAAAAUCUGAAACAGAAAAGAUUGACUUGCAGCAAGAACUUGAUCAAGUUAUGUCAGAAAAUACAAAAUCAAAUGAUAUGCGAAUAACAUUGCAGUCUGUGAUAGAUUCUCUACAAGUUGACAAAGACCACUUGAUUGAAGAGAAGAAACUCUUGCAGUUAGCGGAGCAAGAUUUCAAGGACAGUUUACUAGAGAAAGAAGAGACUAUUGAAAAUUUGAGAAAAGAAUUUGCAGAAAGCCAAGAAUCAAUUUCUUCUGAGCUGAAUUUAGUGAAAGAAGAAUUGUCUGCAGCCCAUUUCCAGUUGAGUGCCCAGCAACUUCAGCAUCAAAAGUCUGUGGAGACUAUGAGUAACAAAGAACGGGAACUACAAGACAGCAAUAAAACAGUGAAAGAGAAAGAAGAUAUUCUCAGACACUUACAAGAAGAAAAAGAACAAUUGGAAAUCACAAUGAAGAAUCAGGUGGCAUGUUUACAUGAAAUGUUGGAGAAAACACAAGCUGAACUGAAAACUUCAGAAGAAGAAUACGGCAAACUCCAGGACAAAUAUGAAAUGACAAGCCAAUGUUAUGAAGAAAAAACCAAGGCAAGUUUUAUCAAUGUGUUCAUUUUGCUUUUUUUUUUAGCAUUCUGUUCUUUUGUGUUUUGUGACCUUGCUUGCUUGCACCACUAAGUGUUA